CCCUCCGGCGGCCCUCGCCGUCCCAGCCAUGGCCACGCGCCUCCUCCGCGGGACCCUGCGCCUGUGGGGUGGCCGCGCUGCACCGUGCCUGCCGCCGGCCUCGAGAUGUUCUCAUUCUGGAGGUGAAGAGCGUCUAGAAACUUCUUCUGCUAAAAAAUUAACAGAUAUAGGAACUAGAAGAAUCUUCUCUUUAGAGCAUGACAUUUUCCGGGAAAGUGUAAGGAAGUUUUUUCAAGAAGAAGUGAUUCCUUUCCAUGCAGAAUGGGAGAAAGCUGGAGAAGUAAGUAGGGAGCUUUGGGAAAAAGCUGGAAAACAAGGACUGCUUGGUAUCAAUAUUGCAGAUCACCAUGGUGGCAUUGGGGGGGACUUGUAUUCAUCAGCUAUUGUUUGGGAGGAGCAAGCAUAUUCAAAUUGUACAGGCCCAGGUUUUGGUCUUCAUUCAGAUAUCGUCAUGCCCUAUAUUGCAAAGUAUGGUUCAGAAGAACAGAUUAAGCACUUCAUCCCCAAGAUGGUUGCAGGAAAAUGUAUUGGUGCCAUAGCAAUGACAGAGCCUGGGGCUGGAAGUGAUUUGCAAGAAAUAAGAACAAAUGCCAAAAAGGAUGGAAGUGACUGGAUUCUCAAUGGAAGCAAGGUAUUUGUCAGUAAUGGGUGGCUGUGUGACACUGUGAUCGUCGUAGCAGUCACAAAUCGAGAGGCUCACUCUCCUGCCCAUGGCAUUAGCCUUUUUCUGGUGGAAAACGGAAUGAAAGGAUUUAUCAAGGGACGAAAGCUAGAUAAAAUUGGACUAAAAGCCCAGGAUACUGCAGAACUUUUCUUUGAAGAUGUACGGUUGCCAGCAGGUGCCCUACUUGGAGAAGAGAAUAAAGGUUUCCAUUACCUCAUGCAAGAGCUUCCACAGGAAAGGCUGAUAAUUACCGAGAUAGCAGUUUCAGCCAGUGAAUUCAUGUUUGAGGAAACCAGGAACUACGUUAAACGAAGAAAAGCUUUUGGGAAGACAGUUGCAGAUUUACAGACGGUACAGCAUAAGCUCGCAGAAUUAAAAACAUCCAUAUGUGUAACCAGAGCUUUUGUGGACAGCUGUCUCCAGCUGCACAGAGUGAAACGUCUGGACCUUGCCACUGCUGCCAUGGCGAAAUACUGGGCAUCUGAUUUGCAAAACAGAGUAGCUUAUGACUGUUUGCAGCUGCAUGGAGGUUGGGGAUACAUGUGGGAGUAUCCCAUUGCAAAAGCUUAUGUGGAUGCCCGUGUCCAGGCAAUCUAUGGUGGUACCAAUGAAAUAAUGAAGGAGCUGAUUGCAAGAGAGAUCAUCCGUGACCAGUAGGCAUCUGCCCACAUCCCGGAAUCCUAUUACAGCUAAUCUGGUUUUAAAUCUACUCAAGAUAAAAUACAACACAGAAAGGGAGGGAACACUA